CUCGCUAUUGGAUGGCGCUGUUUCCGGGGCUCUGUAGGUUGACGUUUCUCGGUCUGCCUUGAGAGACAGACCGGGGAGAAUGGCUGCCAGUGGAGAGGUAGGGAAGCUGUUACAAGUUCAAAAUGGAACUCCUCUAAGCACCAACUACAACGGGGUAGAUGCUGUCCACGCCUGUACCAUUCUUCAGCAGCUCAAGUCCUUGUACGAUGAAGCUCAGCUGACAGACAUCGUUGUAGAAGUGGACCAUGGGCAGACAUUCUCCUGUCAUCGAAAUGUCCUUGCUGCCAUCAGCCCAUAUUUUAGGUCCAUGUUCACCAGUGGCCUUACAGAGUGCAACCAGCCUGAAGUCAGGAUCGUAGGAGUGGAAUCUGAAUCCAUGAACCUAGUCUUGGAUUACGCCUACACGUCAAGGGUGACACUUUCGGAGUCCAAUGUCCAGGCCCUGUUCACAGCAGCCAGCAUCUUCCAAAUCCCUGCCCUGCAGGACCUUUCUGCCCAGUUCAUGAUCAGCCGCCUAGACCCCCAGAACUGUAUCGGGGUCUACAUGUUCGCUGAUGCCUAUGGCCACCAAGAGCUGAGGGAGCGUUCGCAAGAUUACAUCCGCAAGAAGUUUGUAUGCGUGUCGUGGGAGCAGGAGUUCCUCCAGAUGACGAAGGAGCAGCUCGUCAGCAUCCUCAACAACGAUGACCUGAACGUGGAGAAGGAGGAGCACGUGUACGAGAGCAUAGUACGCUGGCUGGAGCACGACCGGCCAGGCCGCGAGGGCAGCCUCGCGGAGGUGUUCUCCCAGUGCAUCCGUCUGCCCUUGCUGGACGAGGCCUUCCUCAGCCGCAUACCUGCCCCCUUUGCCUGUGCCCUCUCCCUUUCCAAGGACCCCGCCGAGGCCAAAACCGGCCUCAACGGCACCAAUGGUUGCUCCCAGCGCCUGGGCAUGACUGCCUCGGAGAUGGUCAUCUGCUUUGAUGCUGCACACAAACACUCAGGAAAGAAGCAGACCGUGCCUUGCCUGGACACGGCCACUGGCCGAGUGUUCAAGCUCUGCAAGCCCCCUAAUGACUUCCGAGAGGUGGGCAUACUGGUGUCCUCCGAGAACGACAUCUUCAUUGCAGGAGGCUACCGGCCCAGCAACAGUGAGGUGUCCAUCGACCACCGUGCCGAGAGUGACUUCUGGCAAUACGAGCACGCAGGGAAUAGAUGGCUUCCACGAGCGCCUCUGCUGCGGGCUAGGAUUGGCUGCAGGCUGGUGCACUGCUGCGGGAAGCUCUAUGCACUUGGGGGCCGCGUUUAUGAAGGCGAUGGGAGGAAUGCAUUAAAGUCCGUGGAGUGCUACGACGCCAGAGACAACUGCUGGUCAGCAGUCAGCCCCAUGCCAGUGGCCAUGGAGUUUCACAGUGCUGUGGAGUACAAGGAUCGUAUCUACAUUCUCCAAGGCGAGUAUUUCUUCUGCUUCGACCCCCGUAAGGACUACUGGGGCCAACUGUCUCCAAUGGUUGUCUCGAGGAGUCAGGGUCUGGCUGCCUUACAUAAGAACUGCAUCUACUACAUUGCUGGCAUCUGCAGGAACCACCAGCGCACCUUCACGGUAGAGGUCUACGACAUAGAGCAGAACACGUGGAGCCGGAAGAGAGACCUGCCCUUCGACCAAGCCACCAGCCCCUACAUCAAGGCCAUGCUGCUCCAGGGCAAGCUGCACCUGUUUGUGCGAGCCACGCAGGUCAUGGUGGAGGAGCACGUGUUCCGCACCAGCCGCAAGAACUCGCUUUACCAGUACGACGACGAGGCCGACCUAUGGACCAAAGUCUACGAGACUCCGGAUCGCCUGUGGGACCUUGGCCGCCAUUUUGAAUGUGUGGUCGCUAAACUUUACCCUCAGUGUCUACAGAAAGUGCUCUGAGGCAUCCCUCUGGACACGUGUUGGGACCCAAUCUUGGAAGGCAGAAGGAGUGUUUGGGCCCUGCCUGCCUUGUGCCUGGUGCUACCUUGGUUCUUUGCACCACAGGGACUGUUGUCAGUUGAGUUGAUCAGGAAGGGGUGCUUUUAAAGAUUGCAGUAUUUUGUUUUUUUCUCUUCAGAAUGCACCAACCACCAACACUGAUGCUUGUUUUGCAAAAUCGUACAAUGAAUCGUAAGUGCAAUUAUGUUUGCUUGUUCUUGAGCCUUGUUGUUCCAUUUUAUAUGGAGGCAUAUAAUUUUACACAUGAUAAGCAUGCUGUUUUUUUGGGGGGUUUUCUUUCGCUAAAACGUCCCUCAGAGUGUGGAUGCUAGGUGUCACCAUAAAGUCAAAAUCUAUAUCUAAAUGAUUCUACAUAUUUUAUUCAUACGGGUAAGAUGAGCACUGGCUCAUGAUUCGAUCACUAGCUCAGAUAGAUGUUUCUUUUGGGGGGGUCUUUAAUGCUAAGCUAAUUCUCGGCAACCAUUUUGUCAAGUUUUCAGUUGAAUUGUUGUGAUUUAGUAUGCUUGAAGCACGUCACUUUUUGACACCAAUUGUAUCCUCACCAAUCCGGGUGUUGGGAACCCAACACAGGUUUGAGCUGUCUGAUAUUUAACUGCAUGGAGGAUGGAGGUGCUUCCUCCCUUAGGUGAGCGUCUUGUUUGUGUCAUAUGACAACUUAAGUGAAUAGUUCAAAUAUUUCUUCUCCACAUUGGAGAAAUAAAUAAAGUCCAACUUGUGGCAAAUACUAAGUUCAGAACGCCUAGCAGGUUUACCUCAGCAAGUACACAAAUCUGGCAAAUGGAUAAGGCCAAUUUAUUAUGUUUGCCAAAGUGUAAGACGCUUGGUUAAUUUUUUUUUUUUGUCUUUUCUCCCUCGUGAAUGAGGUCAUGUUUUCAUCUAGACUUGGACAUUGAAAAUAUAUAUGGUAGCAAUAACUAAUGUAACUAUGAUUAGGCUAUAUUAGGUUGUUUUACCUUUGUAGAAAGUGCAUUAUUUCAUUAGAGGCCUGUCUUUUCUAGUUUAAAUCAUGUAGGUCUUGAUAUUGAGUGUGUGGGUCAUAUGGAUGUAGACUUGAAGUGUUUCUAUAAUGAACAGUGCAGAUCCCUAGGGGAUGUCAUUGUGCCUAUGGGUAGAUAUGGGACAUCAGAAUCAUGUACUGUCCUGAUCCAGAGGAAUAUCUGUCUUACUUGACAUUGCACUGAAUCAUUCUCCACCUAACUGCAAACUUUACGAAGCACCCUCCUGAACAUGACGUGUGUGUGUGUGUGUGUGUGUGUGUGUGUGUGUGUGUGUGUGUCCCACAAGUGAGUCUGGAAGAGCUGACUCAUACCGAAAUGUUGGUGCUGCUUUUUAUGGACAAUCUUGUAUAAAAGUAAUAGUCAUCUAAUAAUGUUCCCGGUUCAACAAUGACAUUUCUUCAUGCAGGUAACUGUCCAUAUUUGCACUACUCUGCACCCUUUUAUUUUAUCUAAUCUUCAAAGGAAUUUAUUUUGUCCCUCCAAAUCAUUUAUCUACAAUCAAGCUGUUAGAUUCAACCCCUUUUUGACUGGAGAUUAAUACAAGAGUUCAAUUCAGAUGGAGCUAUCUCCAAGUGACCUGGCUUCAGAAAAACCCAGCCAAUGUGGAGAUUGGAGAUUCCAACCAUAUGCCUCCGUACAGCCAUGUGGUAACCAGUAACAGAACUCUCAGGAUAACUAUUGAUACAGUACUGUAUUUAAAUGUUUGUUAUGUGUAAAAUACUGUACAAUAGGUUUGCUGUACUUGCACAGUUUUGAAAUGUAUUUUUUUGUUUUUUUUAUAACUUGAAAGAUAGAUGUGAUUUUUGAUUUUUACCAUUUUUCUUUGGUAAUGUUAGAGUAAUUUUGUGUUGUAAAAAAAUAACAUUUAUUUAGAUUUUUCUUUGUUCUUUUUAGUAUAGUUUUAAUUGUAACAUAUCAUUCAAAUCAAGCAUUACAGAUGGAUAGUUAUAACAGUUUCACCACACCAGUCAUUUUCAUGCAACGAGCUAAGAAUCAAUCAUUGUGCUUUCUGUGUCAGUGGGUUGAGAUACCCAGCUCCUUUCUGGUUGUCAAUAUGCAUAUGGUGCUAUACCGUUGAACUCUUCCUGCAUUUUUUGUUUGUGAAUAGGGUCUGAUUACAGCUGUGGCCUGGUUCUUCCAUACCUUUUGAACUUCCUUUUUAAGCAAUUGAGCUCAUGCCAAUUAGGCCUUUCUUUCUCUAGCCAACCAAUCCACUUAGCUAUAGCAAACUUUCAUGGCAGAAGGGUGUGUACCCACUGAAAUCCUAUGUCGUGAGAUUAACCACAUUUAUGUUGGAUUUCAAUACACUAUCGAGUCAGUUUCAUGUGAGUGAACAAUGGCAUGGACAGUGUUUAGUUUAUUUGUUCACAGGCGUUGCUUUAUGGAACUGACUCAAUAGUUAAUUUCCAGAGUCCAACCAUUAUUCCCCCCGUUCGGUGACUCUUGUGUAAGGGCUCAGUAAGUGUUAGGAGUUGACAGUGCUUGCCCUGCUAUUCCCUACCGCAAACUCGAAAGAGCCAUAGGCAUUUCUAUGUUGUCCAGUCCAGAAUUUGCCUCCACAGCUGUAAUCGGAUGACAUCGGGGAUUUUGUCACUAUUUGCUGGUUUGUUAUUGGGGUUUCGGGGUAUAGGGGUGGUUGAGCUUAACUGUGAAAUUCACAUUGCACAUACUUUUGAGAAUAAAACCAUGAGAACAAAGAACUUUCAUU